AUGGGACGGUCACGCACCCUCGAGUAUCCCAAGACGCCAAUCAACAAGGUCAACCGAUACAAUGUACGAGAAACAUACGACCUCGAAGCCAUCCACUCCAUCAUCAACGAAAGUACUUAUGUCAACGUCUCCUUCAACACUCCGGACCCGUCCAACCCUUUCCCCGUGACGUUGCCCAUGGUCGGGGUGGCCGCGAGUUUCGACCACCCCUCCUCCUCCCUGGGCGAACCUCUGGACAUUUACGUGCACGGGUACGUGAGCGCGAGACUGAUGAAUCUCUCCCGCACGACGCCUGGCACGGACGACUCGCAGCGACAGGAGCACGAAGGCCUCCCCGUGACCAUCUCGGCGACAAAAGUCGACGGCCUCAUCCUCAGCCUGACCCCGUACACGCACGACAUCAACUACCGCUCCGUCGCGGUCUACGGCUACGCCACGGUCGUGACGUCUCCCGAGGAGAAGCUCUGGGCCAUGGAGGCCGUCACCAACAGCGUCGUCGCCGACCGCUGGCGCCACACCCGCGUCCCGCCCGUGUCCGCCGAGGUGUCGUCGACCUCGAUCCUCAAGGUCAAGGUCGUCGGUGGCAGCGGCAAGAUCCGCGUCGGCGGGCCGCGCGACGAGAAAAAGGACACCGACCAAGCCGACCUCGUGGACAGCAUCUGGACCGGCGUGAUCCCCAUUUACGACCAUUUUGGCGAGCCGGUGGCGGGCAGGGACAAUAAAGUGUCCGGUGUGCCGGAACAUGUAACCAAGUUUGCCAAGGAGAUGAGGGAGCGCAACGAGCGCUAUGCGAUGGAUGUCAUCAAAGACACGAGUCAGGACUAUUGAAGCGGCCUUUUUUCCCCUUCCCUCUGGGCGGUCGAGGGGGAAUAACAGGUCCGGAUAACGAAUAUACUGUACGUGCCAGUACAGUUUGUUUGGCAUGUUGACAUGUAUGGGGCUACGUUAGGUACUGUAAGGUGUUCUUCAC